AUGCAUCUCAAACUCCACUUUCUUUCUGCUUUGGUGGCCUCCAUCGUGGCGCAGCACUAUGCUGUGCCGAACAGACCCGAAGGCGCGUUUUCCUACAUCCAACCCGCCAAUACCACUAUUCUCGGACAGUAUGGUCACUCUCCGGCUGUGUAUCCUUCUCCUCGCAUAUCUGGUGCUGGGAGGUGGGAAGAAUCCUUGAGAAAGGCCCGCAAGUUUGUUGCAGAGCUCACGUUGGAGGAGAAGGCUACCAUGGUGACUGGUAAGCCCGGACCUUGCACCGGCAACAUCUACCCCAUACACCGCAUGGGUUUCUCUGGCCUCUGUCUCCAAGAUGGCCCCGCGGCCAUCCGUAAUGCUGAUUACUCAAGCGUCUUUCCCGCUGGAGUUACCAUCGCAUCCUCUUGGGAUAGAAAGAUGAUGUACGACAGGAGUGUCGCUAUGGGCCGUGAAUUCAAGAGCAAAGGUGCCCAUAUCGCGCUUGCUCCUGCCGUUGGACCUCUGGGUCGAUCGGCUUACUCCGGCCGCAACUGGGAAGGCUUCUCCCCGGAUCCUUACCUGAGCGGUGUGGCUAUGGGUCUCUCUGUGCGGGGUCUUCAGGAUGCUGGUGUCCAGGCAACGGCAAAGCAUUUCAUCCUCAACGAGCAGGAAAUUUUGAGGAACCCUACGCUUGGGCGCACUAACGACUGGGUCUUCGAGGCGGUCUCUUCCAAUGCCGAUGACCGUACAAUGCAUGAGCUGUACCUGUGGCCUUUUGCGAAUGCGGUUCACGAGCAGGUCUCUGCUGUUAUGUGCUCGUACCAGCGCAUCAAUGGCUCGUACGGAUGCCAGAACUCUAAGGCGCUUAACGGACUCCUGAAGGAAGAACUUGGCUUUCAGGGAUACGUCAUGUCUGACUGGUUUGCGACCCACGCUGGUGUUGCCUCCAUGGAGGCCGGCCUGGAUAUGGACAUGCCUGGAACGCCGCUACGCAAGGUCAUACUUCCCGACGGCAGCGGCUACAACUCCUACCUUGGCGGAAAUGUAACCCUCGCAGUCCGAAAUGGCACUAUCAGCAAGGAACGCGUCAAUGACAUGGUCGAGCGCAUCAUGACGCCCUACUUCUUCCUCAAACAGAACCAGAACUUCCCUACCAUUGACCCUUCGAGUAUGAAGCUCAAAGCCUUAGCACCUUCCGAGCAACUGUUCUACGACUGGGAGGCCGAGGUCACGGCACCAGCCAGCCGUGACGUUCGCGACGACCACGGACAGCUAAUCAGAAAGCAUGCCGCGGCCUCGACGAUUCUCUUGAAGAACGAGAAGAACGCGCUGCCUCUGAGAUCUCCCAAGUCUAUUUACGUUUAUGGCAACGAUGCAGGAGAUACCACACAAGGGCCCCUCAACCAGGAAGAGUACGAGUUCGGCAACUACGCCGUCGGAGGUGGCUCUGGCGCGGCGCGCUUCUCCGAGCAUGUGACACCUCUGCGAGCGAUCCAGGAGCGGGCCGCCGCCCAGGGCAACGCCUUGGUCCAGUUCUGGCUCAACAACACCCAGAUCUUGGAGAUGGACCCCUCUUCGAUGUUCUCCACGGAGGAGCCCGAUGUAUGCAUCGUCAUGACGAAGAGCUGGGCAUCCGAGGGCUGGGACCGCGAGACCCUGGACCUGGAGUGGGAAGGGAGCGCUGUCGUCGACAAGGUGGCGAGUGUUUGCAGCAAUACCAUGGUCGUCAUACACUCGGGGGGGAUCAACAUGAUGCCCUUUGCGAGCCACCCCAACGUCACUGCUAUUAUUGCUGCCCACUAUCCUGGAGACCAGGCUGGAUACUCUAUGGUGGAUGUCAUGUACGGAGACGUCAACCCGUCAGGAAGGCUUCCCUACACCAUUGCCCACAACCCCACGGAUUACGAAUUUGCACCCAUCACGACCGGAGUGACCACCAAUGGCACCGAAGACUGGCAGUCUUGGUUUGACGAGAAGCUGUUCAUCGACUAUCGCCACUUCGACAAGACCAAUACGUCGGUGCUGUAUGAGUUCGGUUUCGGUCUCUCGUACACAACCUUUGCGCUCUCCAAUUUGACUAUUCACAAAGUCGCCACUGGGGAUAUCGAGGCACUUCCUAAGAAGCAGGACAUCGCCCCGGGGGGCAACCCUGCCCUGUGGGAGACCUUGUACAAAAUCGAAAUCAUGGUCCACAACACCGGCCACGUGCGCGGAGCCGCCGUGCCCCAGUUAUAUAUCACCUUCCCCGAGCAGGGUCCCGACGACACACCCGUACGCCAGCUUCGCGGGUUCGAAAAGAUCGAGCUGAGUACUUGUGGUCAGCAGACGGUGAAUUUCGAGCUGAUGAGACGCGACAUAAGCUAUUGGGACGUCGCCGUGCAGCAGUGGAGGAUCCCAGAGGGUGAGAUAACCAUUAGCGCCGGUUGGAGCAGCAGGGACCUUGUCGAGUUUGGCACCUUCACGGUCGCUUAG